AUGGCCGUACCUCUCGUGCAUGUUGAGGCUAAUCCGGCUAACCCUGACGCCUAUUCGACCAAAAUCCCGGCAAUUGACGGCACUGUUGGAAUAUUCCUCAUCGCAACCUUCAUAGGGAUUCUCCUCCUCGGUGUCACUCUCCACCAAGCUUAUCAAUAUGCGCGUAAUUUCCCCCACGAUUCCCCGUGGCUUAAGGGCUUGGUCGCGCUCGUUGUGUCACUCGAAAUCCUUUCGAGUGUGAUGACGGUGCACGCAUGCUAUCACUGGUUAAUAGCCGACUACUUCCGUCCACAAGCCCUUAUUUCCGACAACAUGUGGUCUACCAAUACCUAUACCUUUAUAGCGGUGCGUGCGCACGUCCUGUCAGAUAGCCCCUUCAAUAAGGCUCAUCUGUGGGCCAUACCAACCGCGUUUUGUUUGGCCAUGGGUGCAGACCUUAUUUUGACAGCAUCCCUGAUACACAUCCUGCGUCGCAAACGGACAGGCUUCAGCAGGACGGACAAUAUGAUAGACGUACUCAUGAUGUACUCAGUCAACACAGGCCUCCUCAAUGGCAUCUUUGAUCUCCUUACCGCAGUACUCGCCUUUACGCGGCCAAUGAGCCUCAUUUGGGCCGUCUUCGGCAUAGCUGGAGCCAAAUUAUACGCUAUCACGCUUCUCGCGGCGCUGCACUCGCGCAGCAGUUUCCGUGUGCACGGGCCGGGAGAGCCCCAGCAGGACACCGAUGCCGUGUUCGGGUUGAGUCUACCCCAGCGGGCGAGGGCAGCUCUGCACUCGGGCUCGAACACUGUGCCGCAACAGUUGAACGUACAUCAGACCCGUUCGACGAGCACGCUCGACGGCGAGGACGUCGUGGAGCUCAAAGUCAUCUCGCCGACCCUGGAGUCCUAG